AAUUUGUUGCCCGUCUGUGCUUGCCAGCCAUGGCAGAGGCGGACAUGGAGGCGACACAGGAGGUGGAGGAGCAGCCUGAGCAGACAGUUCAACUGAAGGUGCUUGGAGGUGGUGGCCUUACGGCGACAAUGGUCCCGGAGGGCAUGGAAGGUCUUGACAGCCACGUGCUGGAUGCCACAGUUCGGGCACGACUAUCCCCAGAGGAGCGCCUGGCCCGUGAAGUAGCGCGUCGGCGUCAGUUGGAGCUUGAACGACGACAGCGCAUCUUCAACUCUAAACGCCGACUCAUCGGCAUCGAUCAGCAGACUUUAGAUGCGCAAAUUGCCGAGCGCCAGCGGCUGAAAGAAGAGCAACAGCGACAAGAUGUCGCCGAAGAUCGGGCGAUGUUGGCGCUGGACAAACAGCUCAAAUUAAAUGAGGCCAGCAAGAAGCAGAUGAUUUUCGACUUGGAGAAAUCAUGCAGAGAGUUCGGCCUUCAGAACCUCAGCAAAGAGCAGAGCAACACCUACGACCUCAAUGACCCGCAGCGGCUCCGAAAGGCAGAGCCCAUGCGACGGGGUGAUGAUGAUCCGCGGUGCGGUGCUUCGAGCAUGUUGAAAUUUGGUGGCGAGGACCUCAUGAAAGCUGAGCGCAAGAGGCAACAGCAGAAGCAACAGGUGAUGUUCAUAGAGCAGCAAAAAUUUGAAAAGGAAAUGCUAAUUGAAGAGAAUGGGGACCAGAAGUACAUUCAGGAGACGAAAGAGAUGAUUGCACUUCGUGAUGAGAUGGAGGCAAAUGAGCAAAACCUGCGAAAGGAGCUGCAGCAGUCGCAGCAGGCAGUGAACCUGGAGCGCGCUGCUGAGCGUGCUAAGCAGCAGCAGGACCUCACAGAGCAGGAGGCAUUGUUGGAUGCUGCGGAGCUCUAUCAUCACGGUAAUGAUCCCUUCCUGAACGAGCACACAGACAGCUUGAAUCCCAACGGCCGUGUUCGAAGGGCGGAGUUCAAAGGCUCCACAAGAAACGAAAGGCUGGAGGGACGACGGGUGUUGGAAGCGCAAGCAGAGGAGCAGAGUAUGAAGAAGUAUCAGGAUCAGGUGGAGGACUUCCGCUUCCAAACUCUGCAAGAGGCUGCUCGGAGGCAGCUGAUUCUCCAAGAGCGGGAGAAGUCACGCAGCCGCAGGGCCAUGGCCGAGGCAGUAGCCAAGGAAAACUUGCAGAUGAAGGCAGAGAAGAUUGAACAGACCAAGAAAAUCAACGAGCUCUACACCAACAAGUUUUCGGAUGACUUCUGGGCCCAGUUUGGCACAACCACGCGCUAAUGCAUUUGGCGAAAUGAACAGCUCAACUUUGUGACAGCUUUCAACAAAUUUGCCACGAACUGCGAGUCAGCCGAUUGGUGAACUGUGGGAUCUCUAUAGUCUGG